AUGGCGUUUGCCCCAUGUUUAUCCAGUACACCAAAGUUUGUGCCUGUUAUGAAUCAACCAUCGCAUUUUAUCUUAUCAGCUCCGAUUCUACUAAAAGUAGAAAAACAACGACAACUACCCAAACCCAAACUUCAUUCAUAUUGUCGACCAUUAAAAAAGUGCUCUCGAUAUCAUUCUCAAAAAUCAAAUGCAAGUACAGCCAUCAAUAGACAACAACAAUUCGAUAAUGAUAUUACAAUUCAUAAUAAUCAACAACAUAUUUUUUUCUGUUUACCCUUUAAUUUUUUUCAUAUAUCUAAACGAAGACGACAUGGCCCAUGUCAUGUAUAA